AUGUCCAACAUACGCCAGUGCCCGUUCGAUCCUUUGCAUCAGAUAUCGGCGAAAACGUUCGCUUUGCAUCUCGUCAAGUGUAAGCGGCAGCAUCCGGAAAUUAAGCUUGUUGCCUGCUAUUUCGACACAUCCCAUCUAGUGAAGGAAGAGGAGCUAAAACAACAUAUGAGAACAUGUUCGAGCCGAAAUCAUUUAGUUGAGUAUCAGAAUAUCUACGAAAAAACAACAAUUGGCCGUGCGGGCAAGCAGGAGGAUCCAGCGGAAAAUCUUAUUUACAACACGGAUGCUUCCAGUAUGCAGAAACACGAUACAGAUGGACAGUCGCUACAGGACGACACCGAGUGUUGGGAUGAUUUCGCAUUCAAGUCGUACGAUCCGCUAGCGAACUGUAAAUCCAAGAUGCAGACCAACAAAAUGUUCAUCUUGCCGAAUCCGAACAAGUUUGGUGGACAGAUGCAAGCAGCUUCAACGACAUUGUUGGAAACGCAAGAUAAAGAAGUUCAGCACGGGUCGCAGCUGGAUCAGGAGGAAGGUGAAUCUAUGGAGGAGAAUAACGCUGCUGUUGAGCCAAUGUCAAUGCCAAUGAUCCAAUGUGGUGCUGUAAGGAAAAUUCCGAGUGGUUACGAUGCAGCUGCUUCGAACAGUAAAAGGUAUCGAAAAGAGAGACAUUUUGAUGAACCGUCCAGUUCCAAACAGUAUGAAACUAAGGAUGGCUCGAGCUACCGACUCAAAUCAGAAAGGAGUUUCCAUGGUACCAGCGAUUGCUCACGAUCGUACAGUACAAGCAGUAGCGAUCGGAAGAGUGGUGUGUAUGAUGAGUAUUACGACGGAUACACCUAUCGCGGAUCAUACGAUGCAUCGCGUGGCUAUAGAGAUAAUCGUAAGGAACGGUAUACACCGGAUACAAACAGAGGACGCUAUCAUCGACAAGGGGAGUAUCCUCGCACUAGCAGUCGAUCGUACGAUUCCAACAAGCAUAAGUAUGACCCCUAUCAAAGAUCUCAGCGAUCGUACGACAAUCGGGCCCGAGAUGGAUGUGACUAUGAAUGA